CUUAAAAAUAAUUAAAAUGGAAAUGGAUUUAAAUUAUUAAAUAGAAAAACAUAAAGAUGACACUAAAUUUGCAGAUGCUGAUUUUGGUUUUGAGGGUGAAAAUGAAAUGAUGACUACAUAAUUACCACCAAGGAAAAUAGCUCAACAAUAAAUUAAGUGGUCACUAUAUUUAGACUUUUUCACAAAUUUAUGUAUUGAUUACUCAAAGGUGCACAAAGAGAGUAAUUUUUUUGCCUUUACAAAUAUAUUACAAUUACUUUUUAGUAUUAUGAUAACUAAUUAAGUAUUUACUUGA